CGCCCUGCUCCCUGGCUUCUCGGAGACCAGCAGUCUGAUCUUCAGAGAGGAAGACUCGAGCUGCGCAAUCGGGAGAGUGUAGAGAACACGCAAUCAGGAGUGCGUGCUAGGACGCUGGAGUUUGUUUAGUGCGCAAUAUCUUCACCCACCGUUCCGUAGCGUGUCCGAGUGUACUUUGCGACUUUAGAUUUGGUUCUUUGAGAACUUUUAAGAACUUGUAGAACUCGUUCAACUGACUUAACGUAUCGCUGCUUGAGAGGGGAGCGGGACAGCAUUACAUACACCGUAACAUCUGGAGACGUGAGUUUUGCCUUCAAUAUUGCUGUUUGGAGAGAGGCGGCAAGUUUAUUGGAGGAUCUCGGCAAAGUUCCUGUACUGCUGUGGAGUUCAGAAGGAGUACUGUCACUGAGAGACUGAGACUGACCGUAACGUGCGCGUUCUCCCGGUGCGCCUCUUUAGACCAGCGGGUGUAUUGCCAGGACGGCUAGCAGCCCUGGGACGCAGGAAAUAAGUUGAGUGUGUGGAGUGUUGUGUGCAAGUCUCUUGUCUCGCAACACCAUAAAGAGCCACGAACGUGCACGUGCAUGUGAGAGAAAGCCGUGGGACACGGGCUGUUGAAGAGGAGGGGUGAAUGCCUUGGACAGGACUGCACUGGUGUGUGUGCUGCAGGCAGGGGUUCAAUCUGCUGGGCCGAGACCAUGCAGAGAAAGAGGAGGAAGAGUCCUUCGAGUUGCGCAAUAAGGACGAAGUAAAGAGCAAUGGCCGACGGCCCCUGGAGGCGAUCCUGUCCCAGCCCACGCGCUCCACCAACGGCUCCUGCAGACUGUCAGAUGUGUCAGACGAGAUGAAGAGUCUGAUAGUGAAGAAGACGAGGCCGGUGGUGGAGGAGGAUCCGGAGGUCCUAGUCAAAGGUUGGCUGUACCGUGAGAUGGGUACGGGCUGGUGCCGUCUGAAGCGGUUCUGGUUCCGUCUGAGCCCGGACUCUCUGGACUACAGCAGCGGGCCCAACUCCCAGCAGACCCUCAGUAGCCUGGUGCUGACCAGCCUGUGCUGUGUGCUCUGGCCCGACAAGCACACCUACCGCAAGACAGGUUACUGGAGCCUGUGUGUGUAUGGGAGGAAACACUGCUACCGGCUCUUCACGCAGCACUUUAACGAGGCGGUGCACUGGGCCUGUGCCAUCCAGAAGGUCAUCGACAGCAAGGCACCGCUGGAGACGCCAACGCAGACCCUCAUCAGGGAGAUAGAGGAGAACAAGUUCAACCCUGAGGUGGUGGAGCACACCUACCAGCAUAACCCCAUCCUGAGAUACAGCCAGUCUCCCCUGUACGCGCCGCUGCUGCCUCUACCCUAUGGCAGCCUGGAACACAUGCAUGUGCGUGGGAAAGGCUACCGGAGCGUGCGCGAGGAGGCGGUGCGCCUGUUCAGCGGGCUGCAGCAGCUGGAGUCGGUGGCCGAGCCCAUCCCGCUGAUCCAGGGCCUGCUGCAGACGUGCCUGGACCUGCCCGCCCUCCGCGACGAGCUGUACGCGCAGGCCAUCAAGCAGACCACGCACGCCCGCACGCGCGCCAACGCAACGCCCGCCGCGCCCACACACACACACACGCACGCCAACAGCGCCAACACGCUGGUGCGGGCGGGCAGGCAGGAGCGGGCGAACGGGGAGCCCGCCACGCUGGUGCUGGAGAACAACGUCCACUCGCUGGCGCAGACCAACGGGCGGGCACAUCACGCACCUGUGCAGACGCACGCACCUGGGCAGGGGCAGGGGCAGGGGCAGACGCGGGCGCAGGCGCACGCACACCUGCGCUACUGGCAGCUGCUCACCUGCAUGAGCUGCACCUUCCUGCCCAGCAGCAGCAUCCUCAAGCACCUGCAGUUCCAUCUGAAGAGGAUGCAGAAUGAGAGUGUGGACCCGGAGGUGGAGAGCUACGGCUGGUUCAUCUCGGAGGCUCUGGGCCGGACGCGGGGACGCGACUGCGUGCCCUCCUGGGGGGAGAUCCAGCAGCUGAUGCGCCGCCAGGAGCUCGUGUGUGUGGUGCACUACCCUGGACCCGCACACUGCCCGCUCCGCAUCAGCUCCCACACCACCGCCAGCCAGGUUGUGAGGAGGAUGAGGGAGCUCCUGGGGCUGCAGGACAGCCUCAACACCUUCGCCCUGUUUGAGCAGACGGCAUGCUGGGAGAAACAGGCCGCCAGCUGGGAGAAGCUCAUCGGGGGCAGCACCAUCAUCGCCGACGUUCUCACCAAGUUCGAAAACCUGUCUGCCAAGGGCUCGGAGGGCCAGAGGCGGCUGUGCUUCAAGCUGCACUGCCUGAUGGACACACACAACAUCUCAGCGGGCAGCAUGGAGCAGCUCUUCCUCUACGAACAGUGUCACGAGCAGGUGCUGCGGGGCCAGCUGCCCGUGUGUGAGGCUGACCUGAUGUGCCUGGCGGCCCUUCGUCUGCAGGCCCAGCUGGGGGACCUGAGCGCGGCGCCCCCCUGCCCUCCCCCCGAGCAGCUCUUCCCCCAGAGCCUCCUCCUCCGACCCCCGAGCACCACCACCACCACCACCACCACCACCUCCUCCACCACCUCCACCCCGACCCCAUCCCCCACCCCCACCAGCCCCAUCGGGGCCCCCGCCCCUGCCGCCGGGGGGGCCCCGACCCCGGACACCACGUCGCUGUCGCGGGCGCUCCUGGGCAGCCUGUGGGGGCGCAAGCGGCGCGAGCAGGAGGAGGAGUGCGCCCGCAACCGGCUCAAGGAGGAGGCGGCCGCCGUCAUGGCCGCCGUGGCCGAGCGCUGGAGGGGGCUGGCCGGCCUGGCCCGCGCCGACUGCAUGACCGCCUACCUGUCAGUCAUGCGGCGGUGGGCCGGCUUCGGCUCCGCCCUCUACGAGGUGGACCUCUAUGUGAGCUCACUGGGCAGCUUCUCUGGCCGGCUGCUGCUGGGUGUCGCGGCCUCCUGCGUGUCGCUGUAUCAGCCCGGCGAGGCCGAACCCCUGGACUCCUUCCCCAUCGGUCAGAUCUGUUCUUACGGCAUCUCGGACCCUCACACACUCCGCAUCAGCACCGGCGACCGGGACCUGCUGCUGCAAACCAGCCAGCUGACAGAGAUUGUGCACUUGAUGAAUGCCUACCUCUGUGCCACCCGACGUCAUCUGGGCAAGGGGGAUGUCACCGUUACCAUGGAGACCCAUCCCAAGUUGUGCAACCCACUGCUCCAGCUGCCCUCGCAUGCAGUGUGAUGAAAACACACUCGCACAUGCAUACACACACACACACACACAGAGGCUCAAGCCAUGUCCUCAAAGCACAGAGAACUGCCCGAGUUUGAAGAACCUCAAAAAAAAUUUCUAAGAAUUAUGGCAAAUAUACUCACACACAAACAAAGCAAUCUGUCACCUGUGAUACGGACUGGGAGACAGACAGACGGAAAGGCAGACAGACAGACUGACCGAGCCUGACCCCUGACCCCGUGAGCGCUGGUGAGCCUGUGGGAGCACACAGUGACCGAUAAAGAGGAGACAGACAAUCAGGACUGGCCGGUCCGAGGGAGGAAGCGCGCUAGGCUAGCCCCCUUUGAUGGGCGUCUCUGGCUUCUGAGCAGGACGCUGACGUUCCGACUCCAGAUGCACUCUGCGGGAGAGGUUACGGCUGAGGAGCUGGGAACAUCCUGUCCCCUGCAGCACCAGAGCAUUCUGGGAACAGACACUGGGGGAUUCUGGGUAUGUCCAAACCCCCUCCGACUCGACUAAGCUCUUCACCCAGAUAGCGUUUGAUCGCUGUGUCCGACUGAUUGCGUCUUUCAGCAAGAGGAUCUCCCCGAGGGAAAAGGGUCAGCCCCGGCCAUUAAGACUUUUGUACUUUUUAAAUGUGUACUUUUUUUUUUUUUUUUACAUGUUUUAAUAUUCGCUUGGAAAGAACUAUAAAACACCCCAUAACAACUCUCGCCCACACCCCCUCACUGAAUGAUGUGUGUGAGAUGUGAUCUGAUGUGAUCACGACUCAGCCCUUCUGUCAUGAGUGGACCAAAGCUCUCCGGAGGCUUCUAACGUAACGCUGACUAACUCCCUCCUAGCUCUCACUACACUACACUACACUACACUACACUACACUGCAGCCCAAAUCAACAGACUUCUUCAGCCUUUAACUCUGCUUCAGCACAGAGUGGUGAAUUUUUCCUCCCAACACACACGGUCUCUCCUUCUCACGCACACACACACACACACACACAUAUAUACUGUACACACACACACACACACACACAAACGGUGAGAAUGCUCGUGUGCAGCUGCUGGCAGCUGUGAGCCAAGGGGGGAAACUAAACAGACUGUUUAUAGCCUCCAGCUCGGAAACGGAUUGGUUUUUGCCGCACGGUACUUUUUCUUAUGUCACUCAUUUUAUCGGCCACUACUGCACUGUUGAUUGUACAGCUGACUCAGACGUGCAAUAAUAUAGCUAACAAAACAAUAAAUACUGUAUGUACAAAUAAAUAAGAACCAUUAUACCA